GGGUAUACCCAGAAUGGAAAUCAUGAGGAGGCAAUUAAGCUUUUCAGUGAAAUGCAGUUUCAAAAUGUUCAACCUGAUCGAACUACUUUGGCUGUUAUCCUCAGCUCAUGUGCUGCAAUGGGACUUCUGGAGGGAGGAAAACAGGUCCAUGCUGCCUCAAUAAAGACUCUGUUUCAUAAUGAUGUAUACGUUGCUAGUGGACUUAUUGGCCUGUACUCAAAGUGCAACAAGAUAGAGGUGGCCAUAUGUAUUUUUGAUAGAGUGCCGGCAUUGGAUAUUGCCUGUUGGAAUUCCUUGAUGGCAGGUUUGUCGCUAAAUUCUUUGGACAAGGAUGCUUUCACUUUCUUUAAGCAAAUGCAUGGAAAGGGGAUGAUCCCUACUCAAUUCUCUUAUGCUACUGUACUGAGUUGUUGUGCAAAACUUUCAUCUUUGGCUCAAGGUAGGCAGGUUCAUGCUCAGAUAGUAAAAGGUGGUUAUGUAAAUGAUGUCUUCGUGGGGAGUGCUCUGAUUGAUGUGUAUUCUAAAUGUGCUUAUAUAAAUGGUGCCGUGCAGUUUUUUUAUGAAAUGCCUUGUAGGAAUACUAUUACCUGGAAUGAGAUGAUACAUGGAUAUGCACAGAAUGGAUGUGGUAAUGAAGCUGUUUGUCUUUACGAGCACAUGAUUCAAUCAGGUGAGAAACCUGAUGAGAUAACCUUUAUUGCUGUUUUAACUGCUUGUAGCCAUUCGGGUUUGGUUGAUGCUGGGAUUAGAAUAUUCAACUCAAUGCAGGAAGAGUAUGGAGUGGAGCCGCUUUUGGACCAUUACACUUGCAUUAUAGACUCUUUGGGUCGUGCUGGUCGGUUCCAUGAACUGGAAGCACUUUUAGAAAAGAUGCCAUGUAAAAAUGAUUCAAUUGUAUGGGAGGUUGUGCUUAGUUCAUGUAGGGUUCGUGAUAACGUAAGCUUGGCAAGAAGAGCAGCAGAUGAACUUGUCCGCUUGGACCAACAAAACUCUGCCCCUUAUGUUCUUCUAGCCAAUAUGUAUUCUUCUUCAGGAAGAUGGGAUGAUGCAAAGGAGGUUAGAGAAAUGAUGAUUGAAAAGAAAAUCUUCAAAGAUCCAGGUUAUAGCUGGCUUGAACAAGAGAAUAAAAUGCAAACAUUUUUGGUCGAAUAAUAUUAGUUUCAUCUGAGGAAUUUGAAACAGAAAAAGAUGGAACAUCUUGCUUUAGUGGAUGAUAUACAGUCUAGGCUAUUUUUAUAGAUGUCAAUGGUGUUUUUAAAGGAGAGUUCUCUUGUUCGUAAUAUGGCCACCUAUAUGGCAAGAAUUCAGGCUUCUACAAAGACUUUUCAUCUUUCCAGAUUUUGACGGAACAGUAUGAACCAUUUGUUUCAAACUACCUAACACAAGCAAUGGGCAAGAGAUGGAUCCCGGCUAUGAAAACUACACUUAAGGUUACAAUUUAGAAGUCCUUUUCUGAUCGGACCUAUUUCAGGCCCACCUGUGAAGAAUGUUACAGAAACAUCAGCUUUGAGAGAGCCACAUGUUUUCAGCCAACAAGAAAAAGUGGUGAUAGAGCUGAUUUGGUAAGGGAAUGGAUGGGCCUGAUUUUGGCGAUGAAUGCCUAUCAGUUAAUUUUAUUUUCUUGAGAGGUGGAGCUGAGGGUAGGCCUCGACGC